AUGACUCAUUCUACCAAGCGCACACCCCGCACCCCCCGCACCCAAGUCAGCCACCACCUCGAGCUCGUCGCCUCUCUCUCUUUUCUCCUUCCUUCUCCUCGUCGACGCGCUCUGCACUUCUCGCACCACUUAAUCUUGCCGACAUCGCCCCCCUUUUCAGGAGGAUACGAAACGGUGGCCUUUGUGGUGUGGUAG